UGAUCAACAUGGAAAUAAACAAGAUGAAUCAUCUAAUUCAAUUGAAAACUUACAAUCUGAUGAUCAUGAAGUUGCUAGUGCAUUAAAAUUUCUUGCCGAAAGAUUUUCUCGAAUUAUUUUAUGGUUUGAUACAAAAGAUACACGUGAAAAAUUUACAUUUACACCUAAAGAACUUAUUGAACAAUUUCAUCAAGCAAAAUUUAUUGAUCAAUCAAUUGUUAAUAUUCAUAAACCAGCAACAAAAACUCGGCCAGCAACUAAACGUCGAGUUAUUCAAGAUGCUGAUCGUAUACGAAAAGCAUUAGCUAAAAUUUUUUUAAAUCGACCAGAAUAUAUCAAAUUUUCCGAUGAAACUGAAAAAUUUUUAGAAGAACUUGAUCUCUGUUUAUCAGUUUUAUAUGGUGAUGAUUAUCAAUUUAUUGAAGAUUAUCGAAUAACAUUAAAAACAAUUCCAUUUGAACCAAGUGCAAAUAUAAUUUCACAAAUGCAACAACGAUCAUCGGAAAAUUCAACAGAACUUAAUGAUACUGAUUGGAUUGAUGUACGUUCACAAUCAAGUCAAUUUAAACGAUAUCAACCUAGUUUGGCUGAAACAAAUUAUCCUCUUCAUACACAGCAAUUAACAUUUUAUUGUUUAUCACCAAGUGUUGCAUUUUCGAAAGAUUUAAAAUUAGCUCGAUCUUUAAUCUUUGCUUCUGGCACACUUGCACCAUUAGCAACUUAUUCUGGUGAAUUAAAAGUUUCAUUUGAUAUUCAAAUGGAAUGUAAUCAUGUUAUUGAUCUAGACCGUACAUUUAUAACAGCAUUAAGUCAUGGACGAAAUUCUAAUAUAAAAUUACGAGCAACAUAUCAAAAUACUGAUAAACUUGAAUUUCAAGAUGAAUGUGGUCUUAUUUUACUUGAUAUUUGUCAACGUGUUCCUUAUGGUGUACUUUGUUUUGUACCAUCAUAUCGAUUUCUUAAUGUAAUUAUUAAUCGUUGGAUGACAAGUGGAUUAUGGCAAAAAUUAAAUGAAUAUAAAUCAGUAUUUUUUGAAGAAAAAAAUAAUGCUAAUUUUCAAAAUACAAUUAAUCGAUUUCGUGAAGCAAAUGGAACAUUAAAAAUAGUUAAACCAAUAUCAACUACUGCUAAACGAGUAAAUGAAAUGUUUAAACGAAAACCUACAUCGAAUGAAAUAUCAACAAUAAAUUCACCAUAUUUUAAUUCAAAAGGUGGUCUUUUAUUAGCUGUUUGUCGUGGACGUGCAUCUGAAGGUAUUGAUUUUUCGGAUAAUAAUGCACGUUGUGUUAUAACACUUGGAAUACCAUAUCCUAAUGUACAAGAUGAAGAAGUUUCUUUUAAACGUAAUUACAAUAAUGAACAAAAUAAACGUAUGCCACAAAUUAUGAAUGGUAGUGAUUGGUAUGAUUCUCAAGGAUAUCGUGCAUUAAAUCAAGCACUUGGAAGAUGUAUUCGUCAUAAAAAUGAUUGGGGAGCAUUAUUUAUUGUUGAAGAACGAAUUGUUAAUAAUAUGAAUAAUAAAAAUUUUAAUAAUAAAAUUUCUUUAUGGAUUAAACAACGUCUUUCAAUUUCACAAAAAUAUGAUGAUACAAUGAAUGCUUUAGAAAAAUUUGUUAAUAAUAUGAAAAUAUCUGAUGAAAUAUCAAUGUAUGAAAAUCAACAACAAGAACAAAAUCAAGAAUUAGAAAAAAAAUUAAUUGAUAAUGAACAACAUCAAUUGAAUUCAAAUCUUCCAUCAUUAAAUGAAGUACCAAAGAAAACUGAAGAAACUAAAUCUGCUUAUCGACAAUGGAAAGUUGAUGAUGUAACUGAUGAUGAAAUCCUCAAUGAAAAUCAAUCUAAACAGAUAAAAAAUCAAGCUUUUGAAAAAUUUAUUGCUAAACGUCCAUUACCUAUGGUACCACCAUCAAUACAAUCAGAAAAAGUAGAUUCAUCUGAAAUAGAAACAACAACUAAUCCAACUGAUGAUCAUAAUGAAAAUAUAAAUAAAAAUUACGUUAAACAAAUAAAAAGUAAACCUAAUCAAAAAUUUUUUACACAACGUCCUCCUAUAUCUACAUCUUCAUUAACAACAUUAUCUCAAAAAAUUAAUUUAUCUCGAACACAAACAAUGAUUGAUUUGACUGAAGAUGAUGAUGAUGAUGAUGAUGAUGACUUUAUUCAAUCAACAUCUUCAUUUGUUCAUCGACCAAAUAAAAAAUUUAGAUCGACAUGA